GCCAUUGAAAGUCUUUUUUCAUUUUUGGUCGGACGUUGAAUCCUCACAUAGGGGACACACAAAUAUCCAACCCAAGCGUUAUCCGCUUUCUUCGUCCUUGUUCCUGUCAUCAAUGGCCACUUUAGAAUCUGGACUCACAGUCUUGGGGUCUUUCCGCUGUUCUAAUAAGCACUCUUCAUCUGCCAAACCCUUCGAUUGGAUAAAGCUCAACGUCUCCACUUCUCUUUUUCCCAUUUCCUACAGCUGCGCCGUCCCUUCAAUUUUAUCGUCCAUCGACUCCAGCCCAAGGCACUGCUUCGAAUUAUGCUCUGCGCUGAAAGAGGCGGCAACAGAAGAAAAACCUCAGCAAACCCAGGAAACCAACAUAAAAAAGAAGCUCUGCGUGUUUAAUCUACCAUGGUCACUAUCUGCCGUGGACAUCAAGAACCUCUUUGGUCAAUGCGGAACUGUAACCGACGUCGAGAUUAUAAGAAGCAAAGAUGGGAAGAGCAGAGGAUUUGCCUUCAUCACUAUGGCUUCCGGGGAAGAGGCUGAGGCUGCUAUUGAUAAAUUUGACUCUCAUGAAUUGUCUGGCAGGAUAAUAAGGGUAGAGCUUGCAAAGAGAUUCAAGAAACCUCCUCCUCCAGCUCCUCCUAAAAGCCUCCCUCCUGGUGAAACAAGCCAUAAAAUUUAUGCGUCCAAUCUUGCAUGGAAAGCAAGAUCUAGUCAUCUCAGAGCAUUCUUCACAGAGAAUUUCAAAUCACCGGUUUCGGCCAGGGUUGUCUUUGACAGCCCUAAUGGAAGAUCUGCUGGGUAUGGAUUUGUUUCUUUUGCUACUAGGGAUGAAGCAGAGGCGGCCAUUUCUUCUCUGGAUGGGAAGGAAUUAAUGGGACGACCACUGCGCCUAAAAUUCAGUGAAAGGACCGUUACAGAUUCUGGGGAUGAGAAAGUGGAAGAGCUAGGUUCUGAUGAUGAACCGGCAGAACCAGGGAAAGCGGAAGGUCAAGGUUCUAAUGAUGAACCGACAGAAUCAUAGGUUUUUCAUUUCAUUAUCUCUGACCAUGCUCUGUGGAUUUCGGUGAAGGAUCUGGAAUUUGACCUCAAACCCAAACACUUGUAUACACAAUUACGAUAAUUUAGUUCUACAUCUAUUGACACCAUCCAUCACUAAAAUCACCAGUUUUUAGAGCUGCCUUCUGUGUAAAUUGAGACAAUUUUUGAUAACCCAUGUCUAUGAAGCAUGGAUCUGAUAGUUGUUUUGCUGUGAAA